GAGCGACGCAAUCGUCAAAAACUAGGGCAUCUCUAUCUUAUCUUGGUUCUUCUUCUUCUCUAAGUUCUGGGCGGCGCUAGGGUUUCGAAAACCGAAUCUCGAUUACUACUAUAUUUUACGAAUCUGACUAUAAAGCCUGUGCUGUUUUUUCUUCGAUUUGUAAGAAAAAAUUUGUAGUAAACUUGAAUCUGAAGCGUGUUUGAAUAUGAGAAUGAAUAUGAAGCGAUCGAGGAAAUCAAUUUCUUGGGCUCCUGGAGUUAAACUUUGUCAGGUGAAGCUAUUCUCUUCUUUGGAUUGUCCUGUGGAAGUUGGCAUGAAAUAUCAAGGUCAGUUUAAAAAAAAGGCAUCAAGUAUGUUGCAUUCGAGUUCUUUUGAAGCCAAUGAUAGCCCGCCUGGGUUUGAAGUCAGUAUCUCUAUGAAGCAAUCUAAGCUGCAACAUUUCCCCAUCCCUCAGAUCAAAUGGCAAUGCCCUCCCAAGCUUAUUAUGAGUGAGGACUGGUGUGUAGCGGCUGGUGAGGAAAGUGAAGAAGCCAAGACUCAAAAAAUACGAGAGAUGGCAGUGCUUGAGGCUGUAUAUCCUCGGUUUUCUGCAAUUCCACCUAGCCCCGCUGUUUCUUUUGAUGUAGAAUGUGAGUGUUAUGAUCAUAGCCUCACUCCUUGUGUCCCCAUCAAUCCAAUUGAAGAAGAGUCCCAAGAAGAUCAAGAUCAAGAACAUCUAACACCAGCAAACACCACAGUAGUAUCUCAGCUACCGGGUUUUUCCCAAGGUCUGUUGGCAUCUGGAACUGAAAAUGCAUCGGAGUCCAGCCCUCCUGGUUUUGAGCAAGCACAUACACCAGGAAAGUUACCUAAUCAAAGUGCUGAUUUUACGGCUGUUGCCUCAGCUGCGUUAACCACAAUGAUGAAAAACAGCGAGAAAGAAAGUAUGAUCGAUACUGAUUUGCUUAUUAAGAUUCUGAACGAUCCGAAAAUGCUCCAGAAAUUGAUUAAUGUACAAGGACCAGAAGCCAAUACAGGAAUUGCAUCAAUGAAUACACUUACUGCACCAAAUUCAAAGACGGUAACUCCCUAUGUUCCCUCAUCCCUUUCGAAUUCUGAUAUGCCAAGGACACCUGGUGGUAACUUCCAUAUGCCAGGUAAAGUGGGUACUUUGAAUGCAAUCCCUCUUCAGCCAGAAACUGUUCAAGUAUCUGGGUUAAAGCGAUCUGCACCAUCGCCACCGUUACCUUCCUUCUCCAGCCCUCAAGCUGACCAUGCUAUAUUGCCUAGACUGCCAAAUCAGACACAACCCCCAUUAAGUAUGUUACCUCAACAGAACAUGGCUCCCAUAGGAUCUUUCUCAGUCCAGGAACCCGGAACUGUCAAGGACAUGAACUACUAUAAGAACCUCAUUAGGCAACAUGGAACAGAUAAUAAAGAAAUGCAGGACCCCAUUUUUCCUAAAAUUGGUGAUAAUUUCUUGACGGACUUGAAAAUGUCUGUAAACUCUAACCCACCGGAAAUGAAGGCCAAGAAUUUGAAACGUUGCAUGUUUUUCAAAAGUGCCAAGGGGUGUCGUAAGGGUGCUAAUUGUGAAUACGUGCACGACAUGUCGUUAAAUUGGCGAACUGGUAUGGAGGCCCAAAGUGCUAAGAGAAUGAAACUAAAUGGGGUCAAUAAUAAGGGGAGGGGUAUGUUUUAGGCGGUAAUUGUCAGUAGUAAAAUCUGUCCUUUUUUCCAAUUUUGUAAAAAAAGUUUGGGAAGGGUAGAAAGACUUUGAGACACAGGUAGGUUUUUCGUUUUGUAUUUACUCGUGCAAUUUGCAAAGGUUAAUGAAAAUUUCAUGGAAUUGUUUUUUGAUUA